UGUUAAAGGAAGGCUUACUAUUUUACUGACAUUCAACAUAUUAUAAUUGGAGAUAUGCCUAUAUAUAUACAAGACAUAAGGCUGCUUUCACUCAGCAUGCCUUUAAUAAAAUUGAAUCAAUUAUUGUACAUACUAUACAACGAUAGAAAAUGAGAUUAGCUUGGUUUGUCUCAACAUUAUUCUUCUUAGGUUUCAUUCUAACAACCCUUGUUGAUGGCCAUGGAGGGCUGAAAGUCGGCUUCUACAAAGGCAAGUGUGGGAAACAUGAUGCCGAGAAAGUUAUUUACAAUGUUGUUAAAGAAAAGAUUGCAAGCGAUCCUGAUGUUGUGUCCGAUCUUGUUCGUAUAUCAUUUCAUGACUGCUUUGUUAGGGGUUGUGAUGCUUCGAUUUUACUCGAGGGAGAAAAUACAGAGCAAAAAGCACGGGUAAAUCAUGGUCUUGGUGGACUUAAACUUGUUAAUGCUAUUAAGGAUGCUAUUGAGAAAGUUUGUCCAGGAGUUGUAUCAUGUACGGAUAUCAUUGUUCUUGGUGCUAGAGAUGCUAUUUUUUUGGCUGAAGGAAAAUGGUAUGAGGUUGAAACAGGAAGAAGAGACGGACGAGUAUCACUUGCAAGUGAAGCACAUGCUACUCUCCCUCCACCAACAAUUCCAAUACAUAAAGCCAUUGAAUUGUUUGCUAAAAAAGGACUCAAUAAGGAAGAUUUUGUCGUUCUUUUAGGCGGACAUACAGUUGGAACUACACAUUGUCACUCAUUUAAAGAACGUCUAUACAACUUUAGAAAGACGAACAAGCCGGAUCCAAGCAUUGGUCCAAAUCUACUUCAUCUCUUGAAGAAGACAUGUCCCACUAAUAGUCCAUCAGAUGGAGAAGCAUUCCUUGAUCAAACUCAAGGAAGCCAUUUCAAGAUUGAUAAUGCCUACUAUAAACAAAUUUUGGUACACAAAGGAGUUCUAGAGAUUGAUCAAAAGUUGGCAUUAAAUCCUAUCACAAGAGGUGAUGUGAAGAGGCUAGCUUACAAUCCUUAUCAUUUUUUGAACAAAUUUGGUCCAGCUAUGGUUAAAAUGUCCAAAAUUGGAGUUCUUACGGGCAACCAAGGAGAAAUUAGGAAACAUUGUGGGUAUGUUAAUUAGAUUAUUGUAUCAAUAUUAAAAUUAGCCAAUAAUUCAUUUGGGAAUUUGAUUUUAUCUCAAUUACAACAUGUUUUAUUUUUCCUAAGUAGAUAAAUUCCUCAAUUUAAUUCUUAUUACCUCUAAAUAAAAAUGGGUCAUUCAUUUUAUAUUAUAUUUUUUUGGGAAAUUAUCAAUGGUAUACCUGAGUAUUGGUACUUUAUUAAUGGUAUUCCUAAAUUUUUUUAUUAUCAAUGGUACCCUCGUAUUAUUGAGCCUCUUACAACCGUAACUGUUUUAACUUUUUCCGUCUAAAAUUGAAAAAUAAAAGAAAAAGAAAAAAUUUAACGGUUUUGGACGAUUUUGAACGGAAAAAGUAAACGAGGUUACGGUUGUAAGACGCUGCAUAAUACGAGGGUACAAUUAAUGAUAAAAGAAAUUAGGAAUACAAUUGAUAAAAUGUCAAAACUAACGUGAUAAUUUCCCUAUGUUUCUCAUUAUUUUUAAAAUAUUUUUGUGUCAGCAACUCAGCAUCAUUCCUGUUUGUAGUCAAUUAUCUGUUUGAUAAAGUUGUAUAAGAUGUUUUUGGAGUUUGUAUGGACCCUUGAAAGCCAAUAUCGCG